AUGUUCCGCAACGCUGCGCGACACACCGCCCAACACAUCACUCGAAACACACCCAAAACAGCCACCACAGCCAAAAACAUCGCACGAAUGACCACCUCUGCGACUAACAACGCUGCCAACGACGCCGCGGCCGCCCGCCGCCGCAUGGACAUGGAGACCAUCAAGGCCCACUUCUCUCUGCCCGCUUCUGCCGAGGAGCGCGCCUGGCGCGCGCCCUCUGAGGGCAUGACGAGCUUCCACAACUCGCACAAGUGGGAAUUCAACCACGCCUACCAGCACGCCGAAGACCUGGACGGCAAGCCGCUCGCGUCCUUCCUGAGGCAGUGCUACGGCCUCGUCGUCCACCUGGGCAACCACCACCGAAUUGAGGAGGCCCACAUCUUCCCACUGCUUGCGCACAAGCACCCCUCCUUUGCGCGUAACGCCGAGCACGAGGACUUCCACCACCAGAUCCACGACGGACUCGAGCGUUACUCCAAGUUCCUCCGCGAGGGCAUCGAGGACCCGAGCAAGUACUCGGCUGCCAAGCUCCGCGAGACGCUCGACUCGUUCCGCAAGCCUCUCUUCGAGCACCUCGACAAGGAAGUCGAGGAUCUUCGGCCCGAGAACCUGAAGAAGCACGGGUUCACGCUUGCUGAGAUCCGCCGCCUCCCCUUCCACUAG